AGGCGAGGGCUGGGCUAAGAUGGCGGCGCCCGUCCUGCUGCGAGUGUCGGUGCCGCGCUGGGAGCGGGUGGCCCGCUACGCCGUCUGCCUGGCCGGCAUCGCCCUCUCGCUUUACGCCUGCCACCUGGAGCGCGAGAAGGGCCGCGACCUGGGCUACCGGGCCCUCUGCGACCUCAGCGAGCGCGUCCGCUGCUCCGCCGCCCUCGCCUCCAGAUGGGGCCGCGGCUUUGGCCUGCUGGGCUCCAUUUUCGGACGGGACAGUGCAAUCAACCAGCCCAACAGCGUCUUUGGACUCAUCUUCUAUGUACUACAGAUGUUACUGGGUAUGACUGUGAGCGCCGUCGCGGCGCUAGUCCUCAUGAUGUCCUCCAUAGUCUCUGUAAUCGGGUCUUUGUACCUGGCCUACAUUCUGUACUUUGUGCUGAAGGAAUUCUGCAUUAUCUGUGUCGUCACAUACUUGCUGAACUUCACUCUUUUUAUCAUCAACUACAAACGACUAGUUUACUUGAACGAGGCGUGGAAACGGCAUCUCCCGCCCAAGCAGGACUAACUCCCCGGUGAACUCUUGACAGACAGUCUGAAGACCUGACUGGAGCUUAUUUCAUGGUUUAAAACAAUACAUUAUUAUUAUUUUUUAUUCUCCAUAUCAGAUGCUUUCCCCUACUCCCCCGAGAAUCAUAACCGGUUUGAUUCCCGUUAACCGAAAGACGGGGCCCUGAAUGAAAUAACCCCUGUGUGAAUCCUGCAUUCAGUGAAGCUUCCCAGGACGUUCAGACCCAAUCAGAGGCGAGCUUUGACUCUGCUUGGAAAGAGUUCUUAGCUGCAAAUCCUUUGCUCCCGAAGAUUUAAGGUUGGUAACACUAGCUAGGAAGCCCUGCCUGGAUUCGGUUGGGAGGUCCAAAUGGGAGACACGAUCAUGAGAACCCUUCUAGACUUUAGAGGUACCAUGUGGGAAGAUUGCCGUGUCUACAUGAUGUGCAUCCGUGGCCGAGGAGAUCUGAAAGGUGCUAUGAGGAUUAGAACACUGACCGCAACCUUGUACAUAACGCUAGAAAGGACGGGCUGCAUCCUUGCGAAACGAGACGCUCGGCCGGUUUUAUUUAGAAGCUUCGCAACUUGAAGAAUCGUUCAUUGUCUUCUUGGGAGAUUUUCCUUUUCCUUUUUGAAGCGGCGGACGAAAUGAGCCUGUUUCUGGAGAAGACCGUUCGGCUGAGAUUCCGCUCCCCUGUGCUCUUUGUUCUGGCGUGUCUCACGGAAACGGAGUUUGGUGGCCAAUGGUGUGCCCGUGCCAGAAGCGGCAGAGCGGAUUCCUGUUCUCGUACAAGUUCUGCUGCGGCUGGCAAAGAUCUUCUGUGAGACUACUGAGGGAUGUGAUGGGGGGGGUGUCUCUUAACUGGGCGGGGGGACCGCUCUGCAUAUGGGAAAUGGGUCCAGAAACGCAGUUCCGCAGGCAGAGCUGGCCGUGCAUUUUGAACUCAUGUCAGGCAGCCAAAAUAGUAUUACCGGCUUGGUUUCUAGCGUGGAGCUGCUUUUACACUGAACGCUGUGACUCAGCUGGUAAACCGAUGCACUGAAGACGAUGUAGAAGGCUCCAUAGUUUCAGUGGGCCUGCAGCGAGCGCUUCCCAAGCGAGCCCCACAGCGGGCGAAUCUGUGAGGCCCCAGGGCAUUGUUUCUUUGGUUUCACUGGCAUUUGGGCCGGAAACUUUUGACAUGGGCGAUGCCUCUAGAGACACAGCAGUUCAGGAUAUGUUCCUUGGGGUAACAGCCCGGGGCCAUGGGCUCUUCUCCGCCCUUCCUACUCCACACCCCUAGAGUGGGGCAGGGCUUAUGUUGAAGGGAACCAGAGGGAAUCCAUUUGGGGUGGACGGGAUGCUUGGGAAACGGUUGCACUGGAGACGGCCUGUUCGAACCCAUUGCAGAUCACUGUGGCUUUUUAUUGCAUUGUCUCUUCCUCCCGCCCGUGUUGUCCAGAAAUGCAGUGUGUGUUUGUUUUAAAAAGUGCCUUCUGUCUUUAGAGAAAACAAAACGAAACAAAAAAACCAAACCAAAUAUUGGGGCUGUUUGAAGCUGGGAGGCAGAAGUGUUCAUACGCCGAUAACUAUUUGCAGUAUGUAUAAAUCGGAAGAGAGAGGUCUGUAGUGUUUCAAACGAAACGGAUCUUUGCUGCGCAUGGUGAGCACUUUUUGGCGAGGCUCUAUGCCUACUGGCUUAGUAGUACCAUGAAGGCAGGGUCCCUGCACCCCCUCCUCCCAGACGGCUUCAGUCCCCCAGCUGCUGUUGGACUACAACUCCCAUCCUCCCUGACUUUGGGCCACUGUCACUAGGGAUGAUGGGAGUUGGAGUCCAACAGCUGCGGGGGUGGGGGGAGGCGAAGUCAGGCAGCUCUCUCGGAGGACAUGCCCAGGAGGCAGGACUGCGGAUUCUGGGUGGUACCUUUGGACACGUCAGAAGCACCAGUACAUCAGAACCCUAACCGGCAUGUUGGAAUCAGGGAAUCAGGGCGGGACCGCUGCUGCCCUGGGUCUGGGUUCUGCUUCCUCUUCUGUGGUUCUGCCGACAUCUCCCAUCAUCCCCGACUGUUGGCCACGGUGGCUGAGAAUGAUGGGAGCUGUAGUCAAGAGAGCCACGUUGCCAUGGGUCUAGAGUUGGAAGCAGCCAUCGGAAUCAGCAGCUACCUAAGCCCUGCCACAUGCUCGCUCAGCUUAGGACUCCUUUGCGAAUCAGCUGAAAGUAUUGCUGUAUUUCGGGCCAGUCCUUCUGGACGAGUCAUCCUAGCAGUUGCUGGAGAUGCUAGUAUUAGGGGCAGAUGGUGCUGGAGUACAGCUUGGGGCAGUUACAGGGUAACGGAAUCAGGCAGGUUGCCACUUUUUCGAUGCCUAUAGCCAUAAGCAGACUUUCAGGCUGGUACUCUAUAUACCCACUGGCAAGAGACCAUCUCCUACCAUAAGGGCAUAUUUUAUAUAACCCCUGAAUAUUACAGAUAGUGUCUGAAACGUGCCAAAUACAUUGGUAACAGAAUCAGGAUUUUCGGGCCUCAUUUCUGAUUCCGUUACUGACAUGUUUUGCGCUUUUCAGCCACUAUAAUAUUUAAGGGUUUUGUUAAAAAAAAUUAUGCAGGAGAUGUUCUUUUGCCAAUGGGUAACGAUAAUCAGUUUGAAAACUUGCUUAUGGCUCCAGUCAUUUAAAAACGGACUGUAGUAGGUAACAUGCCUUCUUCCGUUACUCUUGGAAUUGUCCCGGUUGUAGGGGACCUCUGGCAUCCUUUGCAAGGGAUUCUGGGGCUCACUUCUUGGUCACAUAGUGUCGCACUGGGCAAGAAUCACUUGCUCAUGCUGGGUCACAUGUUGGCGUUUGGGGCUACAGUUCCCAUCAUCCCCUGCUGUUGUGGACGGGGAUGCUGGGAGUUGUAGUCCAAAACCAAUAAGUUACCCCAGCCUGAUCGCUGCCGUAUCAGGCGAAAAAGGAAGUCCCUUUCUUCCGAGCGUGCCAAUGCCAUAGUGCGAGUUCUGCAGUUUCCCUGCUGGUGGUGCUAGAUUUUCUCUUGCCUUCCCGUCUGGCAGGAUUCACCUUCUCCAAAAGCCUCCUUGGCCGUGGCGGGUGGGGGACCCAAAACAAAACACCCCACCAUCCAAUCUGUGUCUCACUACUUUCCUUCUCGUAGAUCUAUGUGAGAGAUCCUUCUUUUGGUGUACCCUUUUUAAAAACAAGCGGGGUGUAAAAAACCCGACCUUCAGGUGUUAAUGAAAUCCUCUCCUGUGUUUGUGGAAGUCCAGUCUGUGUUCUGUGAAACCAGUGCCUGCCCAGGAUGACAGUAUUUAAAUGUCUGCCAAAUGAACUUUCCUACGAGGGCCAGGGCGGAACACAAGGGUGGUGAAGCCGUUUUCCUGUGUACCCGUUUGCGUGAGAAGACCAACACUAAGAGACCCACUUGAUCCAUUCAAAAGGUUUCUCGGAGGGAAAACCCAUCUCGUGUUGACCAGUUAAAGCUUGUCUUGAACUUUUGAAACUAGAGGUGGUGUGUGUGUGUGUGUGUGUGUGUGUGUGUGUGUGUGUGUGUUGAGCCUUCUGUAAUGUUUGCUGGGGGAUCGUCCAGUAUUUGCGCGCGCCCCCUCCCCAUGGGGAAGAUGCCGGUCGGCUUAGAAAUCCUGCUCUGAAACAUUCCUGUAGUGGCGAAAUGUAUUUAUUGUGUUUUCUUCGAUGACAUAUCUAAGGGUCCGAUGGGAAAAGAGGAGGCUCUGAUCUCGUCGGGGCUUUAUUCAGAGGUUCUUUCUGGGGCUGGGGGCUGCCCCGUCUUGCUGCUUCCCCAGCCCCUCAUCCUGCCUGCUGGAACGUCUUGCCUUGGGGAGCCUCUGGCUUUCAUUUCCUUGUUGUGUUUUUCUGUUCAAGAACAGGUCCGAGAAGGAAAUCUGUACUCUUCUGUCGAACUCUGGUUCAGAAAUCUAGUUUAGGUGAGCAGGCAGCCAACGGGCUCUCCAACGGGCUCAGCCCAUGUUGUUGGGUGUCUUCCUCGUCCUUCCAUGGUUAUCUGGGCUGAAGGGCUUCAGGGCUUCUCCAUCGUGGCUCCCCAGAUGUUGAUGGACUACAACUCCCAAGGACCUGCUGGCUGUUGUGGCUGGGAACAGUGGGAGUUGUAACCCACCAACAUCCGGGGACCCAAGUUUGGGAAUGCCAGCCUUAGAGACUGGUGGAUCAAAGUGUUGAGCACAUCUGUUACUGGAUUACAACUCCCGUCAUCCCUGGCCAUGGUCACCAAAGGCCCUCGGGAGUUGUAGGCCAACAGGAUCUGUGAACCCACAUUUGAGAAGCCCUGCCUUAGAGACCAGCAAGUUAAUCUGGAGUCCCCAGAUGUUGCCAGACUACAACUCCCAUCAUUCCCUGCCACAGUGGCCAAACGCCCUUGGGAGUUGUGGUCCACCAACGUCUGCAGGCCCAAGAUGGAAAACCCCGGCCUUAGAGACUGCCAGCGUAAUCCGGGCGUUCUCAAACUUUGGUCCCCAGAUGUUGGUGGACUGCAACUCCCAUCGUCCCCUGCCACACUGGCAAGGGGCUCUUGGGAGUUGUAGUCCUUUAGCAGCUGGGGAGGGGACCCAAGUUUGAGAACCUCUGGCUUAAGCCAUCCAAGGAAACCGCGGUUAACAGAGGUGUCAGAACAGACCGGCUGCUCUCUGGGUGCUCCCCAGUUAAACAAAAACUGACACACACACACUCCAGAAGUAGGCUCCACCCCCUUCAGCAGUCUGAGCUAGGCCCCGCCCACCAUGGUUGCAAGUGCCUGUGAAGGAGGCCAGUCGCCGUGCCGAGAGGCUACGAAAAGGUGGUGGCCCCGUUUGCCUGACUGCGGUAUCCGUUCUGCCUUCAUGAGGGAUAGCGCCAUGGGGGAGCAGCUGAGGCGGUGCAUGAUAUGAAGACUGCUGCUGGGACGGCCUUGGCACCUCUUGCUGUGGUUGCCUGCCUGCCUGCUCGCCCCACAGGUUGCCCAAUGGUUUCCUUUAGGGUUGCUGAGUGCAUUCAGGCUCCCGGACUGGGUCAACAGCUGUGCAGCAGGAAGCCCCCUGCACAAUAAGAGCAGCACUGCAGAAAGUGUUACGGUCCCAGGAUUAUCUCUGUUUUUAGUCUCAGGGCGUUCCCAUGUUCUUUCAGGGAUAACCACCCAGGUCAUUCCUGUAGACUAAUCUCAUCCCCCCCCCCGCCUCUUCCCUACAAAACAACUCCCUUUUGUUGGUAUCUGUGAAUCUGCCCCAUUAAGUCCUGUAGACCAGGGGUUCCCAACCGGUGGUACUCCAGAUGCGUCUAGACUACAACUCCCACCAUCCUCUGCUGUUUGUUGUGGCAGGGGGUGAUGGGAGUUGUAGUGCAGGAACAUCUGGGGCACCCCUACUGUGGGAUAUAUUUGGCACACCCGUGGGCUGUUGGGCCGUUUUUGGAGGUGGUGGUGUAAGGCUGCCGUGGGUCAGAUGUCCACCUGUGUUCCUGAUGGAUCUCUAACAUCACUCAGAGUGGAUAAUCUCCACAUUGUGCAGUUUGCAAGGAAAUGUUAACUGGAGUGAUCUUUGGAGACAGGAAGGCUCCAACUCACUCAAUUCUCUGGCUAGCCCUAUUCAGAUGGCAUCACAUUUCAGUGGGGUGAAGUGGGAAGAGAAAUACAGAGACUUUAGAGUGAUUCCCAAUGGGGACAUGCACCCCAGAAUGGGGCAAAAAAUUUCCGGGAGUUAUUUGGGUUAUUUUGUAGCCCGAUCUGGGUCUGGUCUAGAAACGGUUCGGUAUCAGGAUAGCACCAUGCCUCCUGUUCUGUGGAACAAAACUUUGAAGCUGAAACCAGUUUAAACUUCGGGGUCUGCCAACAUGCUUUUAAGCCCCACUUAGCAAAACUGAAGUUGCAAACAAGGUGAAGUAUUCCGUUACCAUUUAAAAAAAACAAAAACCCACAAAACUGUAUUAAGCAUGGCCUAAAUAUUUGAUGUGUGUUCUGUCUCGUAUGUUCGAUCUGAUCAAUUUUAUGACCUUCUUCGAACUCCAGUCUGUCUGUGUCUCAAGCGGAGUUUCCCCACCUGCCCCCAUUUUUACGUUGGACAUCAGAUCGUGACAUUCUGAGGUCGAGAAUCUAGUUUUGCUAACAGGGGAAUUCCAAACCAACACCACCUGUAAAUACUGUAAGAAUGCUUAUUUGUUGCACAUAACUUUUUUGGUAUAAAAAUAAAAGUAGAAAUGAUCUGUGGA